AUGGAGAUAUAUAUUUAGCAUCGGGUGAAAAAGCACCGAAGGCCACCAGCAAAGUGAGAGCGAAAGCGAAAAGAGGAAAAUCAAAAUGUUACAGUUUCCGGCGUUCAUGACGCAGUACCCUUGGUCUACGAGGACAAUUCCGCCGUCUUGUCUGCUACCUUCACAAUGGCCUCAACCCCACAGCGAAGAGCUCCUCCUCGCCAUGGAGGAGUCCGAUUUCGAUGAGAAAUGCAAUGAAAUCAGAAAGACAAACAGCAACCUCCCGGUGAUUGGGAAAACUACUGUUGAUAAUGAUAAAGAAGACUAUGAUAAUGAUGCUGACGAUGAUGAUGCUGAUAAUGCAGAGGAAUCUGAAGGCGAAGAAUUUGAGCAAGAAACUGGCUGAAUGUAGUUAACUUUUUUUUCUCUGAUACCAUCUUAAGAAUUUGAGCAAGAAAUUGGCCUUAGUUUUUCGAAAGUUUUAUCGUACUGCCCAUUUAUGUUCAAUAGAGGCUGUUUUGACCUUACCAAUUGAAUUAAUCUGAAUUUAUAUAUUUAAA